AUGCGAACAGAGACAGCCACUGCGCUGGAAGCUCACCCACGUAAGGAACAGAUACUCAUGUCCGCUGCAACCGGCUGGGAAGUCAGAUCCACUAGAACUGACAGCGCAGUUAGUAUGUCGGAUGGUGAAGACGCUGCGCAGAUUAAGGAAAUCUGGGGUCACCUCGAAGGCUACGAACACGAUCCUGAUGACCCGGACUUCCUGUCAGAACAAACAUUACGCCGCUACUUGAUAGCACGUGACUGGGACGUGUCUGCUUCCGAGAAGCAGUUAAAGGAUACUCUUCAAUGGAGGCGGGAAACCAAACCACAACAUGUCGUCUGCGCGUUCUGUCAGAAAACACCCGGCGGUCAUGCCAUGCGCCAGGUGGGCUUCGACAAGUCUGGUUGGUCCGUCAUUAACUCGUGUUUUGCACAGUGCUGCACUCAACACCAGCCGGUCGACAGCGCGAUUCAGCACCUCGUAUACCUGCUCGAAAACGCCGAGCGGGCAUCCAAGCAUGGCACUUACAGCUUCGUCUGGGUCAUUGACUUUAAAGGUAUGAAGAUAACGUCAUGUAACCCGAGGCUAGCGUUAGCGGUAGAGCACAUAGUCUCAAAUCACUACCCGGAGCGCCUGAGAGCGUGCGUCGUCGUCAACCACAGAAUGCUCUUUCAGACGUUCUGGGUCGCCGUCUGCGGCGUCAUUCACGCGCGAACGGCCGCAAAGCUGCACAUACAUCGCCACUUCCACAAGGUAGAGGAGGACUUUACCGAACUGUUUCCGGAUGAGCUCAAGUGGUGGUUGUUGGAUGAAAUCCGGUUGAACAAGUCCCAUCCACUUCCGGAGUCGCAGAAGACAUUCUGGAAGGGCUUUUCCAGUUAA